AUGAACUCCUGCCACAGCUUCCAUCCCAAACUCCUCAAUUUCUCAAAGAUACAAUCUGAUUCUGAUUGGUCACCUGCUGGGGCUACUUGGUAUGGUAGUCCUAAUGGUUGGGGAAGUGAUGGUGGAGCUUGUGGUUAUGGGAGUGCUGUAGAGCAAGCACCAUUCUCUUCAAUGAUAUCAGCUGGAGGCGAUUCUCUAUACAAAUCAGGCCAAGGAUGUGGAGCUUGUUAUCAGGUGAAAUGCACGUCGAGUUCAAAUGCCGCAUGUUCAGGGAAUCCAGUGACUGUGGUUAUCACAGAUCAGUGUCCUGGAGGUCCCUGUGCCAAAGAAUCUUUUCAUUUUGAUUUAAGUGGCACUGCUUUUGGGGCCAUGGCAAAAUCUGGCCAAGAAGAUCAACUUCGUAAUGCUGGAGUCUUGCAAAUUCAACAUCAAAGAGUCCCGUGUAAUUGGCCUGGUAAGACAGUGACCUUCAGUGUUGAUUCUGGAUCCAACCCCUACUAUUUUGCAACCCUGGUUGAAUAUGAAGAUGGGGACGGUGAACUUAAAUCAGUUGAAUUAAAACAGGCACUGGAUUCAGAUUCAUGGGUUCCCAUGCAAAAAUCAUGGGGUGCUGUUUGGCAACUUAACGCAGGCUCGGUUUUACGUGCCCCACUUUCUAUCAAGCUAACAUCUCUUGAAUCUGGCAAGAGUAUUAUAGCUAGUGGUGUAAUUCCUGCUGGAUGGGAACCCGGAAAAAAGUAUAGAUCACUUGUUAAUUUUUAG